AUGAAAAAAAUUUUGGCAAUUGCAUUACUUAUCCUCUGUAUCACAGCUAAGAAACACCACAAAUAAGAAGAGGAACCAACAGAUCCAAUGUCUAAAUGCGUUUAAGAGAAUUGUAUGAACGAAGCAUUUGGAUGCGUCUUUGAUGAUUAAUGUUCUAAUACACUGUCGGAGUGUGCUGAACAAAAUCAAGAUAAUAGGUCAAUAGACAAACUUGUUGAAUGCACUGCCAAUAAUGAAAUCGCAUCAGCAUUAGCUUCUUGCAUGCAAACCAAUUGUGCCAGCUUUUAGUAACUUAUGAAGCUUUUCAACAGAAGAAAGUGA